GGAAGUCCCGUUGGCCAAGCAAACAGUAUUACAGAUUUUGUGCAUUUUUAUGAGGGAAUAACGGAGUAGUGCAAAAUAAUCCGUUUAUAGAAUAUCGUUCCCGUAAUAGACAGUCUUUUAAUCAAAAUAUGUUCUCAUUUCAUUGAGGAAGCAACUGCACAUGUUUUUUUUUCUAUUGACCAUUCAUCGUUGCUGGAGCUGUCGCACUACGAGCGAUUAGAUUAGAUUUGGAGGAAAAGUGAUGUUUGUGAAGUGCUGUUCGAUUCGAAUAGAAGCAGAUACAGAAUGGAAUUGGGAUGGCAGUAGAUGCGCUGUUUAUCAUAUUUAAAUAACAAUGGACGAUAAUAUCUGUGAACAGAAGUGGACCUGAGCGUUUGGAAACUAUCAUUCCGGUGGCCAGUGGUGGUUUAGUGUGUGUUAGGAAAGAAGAAUGAGCUAACCGAAAAGCAGCAAAUUGGCAUCGAUUAUGUUGUUGGAAACAGUGGAUGGAUCGAGAUAGAUUACUCAGGGCAUAUUCUUAAUCCCAAGGUUGCGGCUGAUUAACAAUCUCUGCGGUAUAAAACCAAUUACACGUGGGAGAAAGAAACACGUCACCUUUUCGGAACUACGGAGUGUACAAUUGUUGACGAUAUGAAGCUAAAUCGUAUUAAGAAUUAAAUAGAAACUAGUUCCUAAUCCGGAGCAGUGAACGGAUUACACAGAGAAUAGUAGCGAUUAUAAAAAGCUCGGGCCGUUCAGCCAUGAUACUGCGGCAGCUGAUGGGCCUGAACACCUGGGUUCGGGUUCUCGUAGCAUUCAUCUCGGUGUGGGUGAUACUAGUGCUGGUGUUUUACUCCAAACUCAACACCGGCGGUUCCAGUGAUAGCGAUGAUGCGAUACGCCGACUAAACCAGGCCCUAACCUAUCUGGAAAAAUCCAAGCAAGUCGACCAGGAGUUGCGCGGCCUAAUAGACGAAUACCUCAGUGACCAGUCGUACAACCGGAAGCAGAAAUUCGUCGAUGAACUUGGUAACAAGCUGCAAAUACAGGGCGCUGGCGCCGGUCGAUUCAAAGGGGUCCCCUCACUGGAAUACGAACAGCUGCGGCGCCGAGUUUACAGCAACACCCAGGAGCUGUGGAAUCUGCUACAUUCCGAAACUGCAAAACUUGCCAAAACAGCACGCCGGAACACACCGGAAAUCUAUGCACCGGCGGAAAACUUCCUCGCGCUCGCCGCAGAACAAAAACGAUCCAUACUGAACGACAUCGGUCAGAUGCGCGCCACUGAUGGGUAUGAGUUCUGGCGCUACAAAGAAUCCAAAGAUCUCAGCGAUCUGGUCCAGAAGCGACUUACGUACCUGCAGAACCCGGAGGACUGCAACUCUGCUCGCAAGCUAAUCUGCCGGCUCAACAAGGGCUGUGGCUAUGGAUGCCAACUGCAUCACGUGGUCUAUUGCUUCAUUAUGGCCUACGCAACGGAGCGGACGCUCGUUCUCAAAUCAAAAGGAUGGCGCUACCACAAGGCCGGUUGGGAAGAGGUAUUUCAGCCCAUUUCAGAUUCUUGCAUGAGCGCAGAUGGGGCAACCCAUGCCAGCUGGCCGGGCACACCGGAAACGCAAGUCCUUACCGUGCCAAUAAUUGACUCUCUGAAUCCAAGACCACCGUACCUCCCGCUAGCGAUUCCAGCUGAUUUGGCACCUCGGUUGAUGAGACUGCACGGCGAUCCCAUCGUGUGGUGGAUUGGACAAUUUUUAAAGUACCUGCUCAAGCCAACCGGCGAGACAAAGCAAAUGCUCGAAAAUGGAAUAGAGAAGCUGGGCUUCAAGAAGCCGAUCGUUGGGGUUCACAUAAGAAGAACGGAUAAGGUAGGGACGGAGGCGGCCUUCCACGGAAUUGACGAGUAUAUGCAAGCAGUUGAUGAUUACUAUGACCAGGUGGAAAUGGUGGAAGCAAUCGACAAACGACGAGUUUUUAUCGCAAGUGACGAUCCUAAGGUAAUUGACGAAGCCAAAUCAAAGUAUCCACAGUACGAGGUCAUUGGAGACCCGGAUGUGGCCAAGGUAGCCGCCGUAUCCACCCGCUACACCGAUUCCUCCCUGAAUGGCAUUAUUCUGGACAUCCAUCUGCUCUCGUUGAGUGACUAUCUCGUAUGUACCUUCAGCUCGCAGGUAUGUCGAGUAGCGUACGAGAUCAUGCAAACGAUGUAUCCGGAUGCCUCGAACCGUUUUAAAUCGCUGGACGACAUUUAUUACUACGGUGGCCAGAAUGCACACAACCGAGAGGUUGUGCUGCCCCAUAAUCCGAAAAAUCACGACGAAAUCCACAUGCGUAAGGGUGAUAUGAUCGGGGUGGCGGGUAACCAUUGGGAUGGGUUCUCCAAGGGCAAGAACGUGCGAACCGGUCAGGUGGGACUGUUCCCAUCGUUCAAAGUUAACGAUAAAAUCGAAGUCGUAGAACUGCCGACGUAUCCGAAUGUGAAGUGAGAAGCAGCUUCCUACAGAAGACAAAAUGAAGGCGAGAAUUGAUUUUUUCUAUGUGAUAAAUGGUGUGUUAGUAGUGGAAACCUGGUGUAAAAUAAUUACAUAAUUUAAAGUAAGGACAUGUCAGAAGGAAAUUAUUACCUAUAUAGACUAAAUCUACCGAGCGUCAAACAAAUGCCAGAACAAAAAUCGUUAGGUUUAUUAAAUUAUUUGUUUAAGUCUGAUGAUAGAGAAGUAACAAUGUCAAAUCAUAAUGUGCAAAAUGAGAAACACACGAAACUGGAAACGACCUACCAACCAAUUAAUGAAUAUUAAUUUAUACAAACUAAAAGCGACAGAUCGAGCAGUAAAGACAUUAUGUAAUUUAAA